GUAAUUCUGCAGGCGCGCCUCUAGUGAAAGGUUUGAGAGGUGCAUGAAAAGUCGGCAAACGCGUGUGGUGUUGCUAAGCUGUGUGUAUUCAGGUGUAUAAACUAGCUAAGAAUGGCCGACGACAGAUUUAAAAACAUUCCCGAGGCUGACAUUGACCCUAACGGCGUGUUCAAAUAUGUCCUCAUCAGAGUGCACAGCAAAGAUGAUGAGUCGUACGUUGACGUGGUGCGAGGUUACGCCUGGGCUGAAUAUCAUGCUGAUAUCUAUGACAAGAUUUCUGGGGAGCUGGAGAGAGCAGGGAGUGUUGACUGUGAGUGUGUGGGAGGUGGAAGGAUAAAACAUGACAGUGCCGGAAAAAAGAUCCAUAUAUAUGGCUAUUCCAUGGGCUUUGGGCGAGCAAAUCACUCAGUUUCUGCGGAGAAAUUAAAGGCAAGAUACCCUGACUAUGAAAUCACCUGGGCAAAUGAAGGCUACUGAGUGACUGGUCAUGGCUCUGUCACCCUGGGCAGCAAAAGCUGCGCCUUUUACACAGAACCUGCUUUUUCUCGGCCUAGAAAGGAGAGGAAACCAUGGGGUCUCAAAGCGUCCUCAGCUGCUGAAGUUAAGGGAUGGAUGCAAUUGUUUUCCCAUUAUCAGAAGCUAGAUUAAUUUACUUAUUUUAUCUUGUUCAUGCAUUUGUUUUGUUUUCUUCAGUUCAGAUGUGGUCUGGAUUUUGUUUACAUUUUGAUAAUAAAAGGUCAUCCACAGCUUCACAUGUUAUGUGACGUUAUCAGGAAAAGUACUAAAGGGCCUUAUUAUUAAGAGACAUUACAGUGCUAAUGAACAGCCUGCUCAUGCCUCGCUUUAUAGAGCUGUUCUCAUGUCAGUAUGAGAUAAGUAAGCGAGGCCCUUCGUAUGCAUUGGGUCUAGGCAAUUUUUUUUUUCUCUCCAAAAUAUCUGGGUCACAAACGCUGUAAGUGUAAACCAGUAAAUCAUGAAAUCAGACCUGUGAAUUACAAUAAAGCUUAAAAUUACAAUAAAGCAGAAUUACAAUAAUAGAAUUACAAUAAAGAACAAUAAUAGGAUUACAAUAAAGCGUCAUUUUUAUGUAGUUGCAUAUGUAUCAUUAAAGUAAGUAAAUGUUUAAAUAAA